AUGCUCUCGGACAGCCACUUCAUCAUGGACAUUGCCAUCAAGGAGUGUGCACAUGUCUUCCAAGGGAUAAGCUCCCUGGUCGACAUCGGUGGAGGGCUCGGCGCGGUUGCGCAGGCUAUCUCAGCGGCCUUCCCGAGUGUGAAAUGCAGCGUGCUAGAGCUCGACCACGUCGUCAGCAAGGCUCCCAGUGACACUCAAGUGCACUACAUAGGUGGCGACAUGUUUGAGUCUGUACCACCGGCAAAUGCCAUGUUCCUGAAGUGGGUUUUGCAUGACUGGGGCGAUGCUGAUUGUAUCAAGAUACUAAAGAAUUGUAAGAAAGCUAUACCUCCCAGGGAUGCAGGAGGAAAGGUGAUAAUCCUAGAUAUGGUUAUUGGGGGCCAAUCGUCAAACAUUAAGCACAAAGAGACCCAGGUCUUGUUUGAUCUCUACAUCAUGUUUAUCAACGGCGUCGAGCGAGACGAGCAAGAGUGGAAGAAGAUCAUUUUUGAAGCUGGAUUUAGUGAUUACAAAAUCAUACCCGUUCUUGGUGUUCGGUCCAUCAUUGAGGUCUACCCAUAA